GAACUGUGAUUUACUCCGAAAAUAUUAGUUGAAGAUUUAGGGCGGGAGCUAAUGUAAAGACCCUAGAGCCAGAUAAUGCACAUUGCCUUGUGGAGCAAUAUUUGAUAUUCUGAGACUGAAUAUGUGAAAUUGAGAACAAUAGAAGCAGAGAUGAAGAUUCAUGGAAUCGCAAAAAACUCUUUUUUUGAUUUUUGAAUACUCCAAUUACUUACUUACUCUGCCUCUGUGCCCUGUGUGUAUGUAAUCAGCAUUUGCAUGUACCCAUUUUUUAAGCAAACAAAGUGUCUUCACUCUUCACUUUCUCAUUCGUCUAUUCUCCUAGACCACUGUUUAUCUCAUAAUAAAUCCGCAAACUUUCUCAAAAUUGUUCAUGCCCACUUCCUCAAAUUAGGUCUUAAUACCUAUACCUAUUUGGGUAAUCGCUGUAUCAAUCUUUAUACUGAAUUCGGUUACAUUAAUGAUGCCUUGAAGGUGUUUGAUGAUAUUUCUUACAAGAAUUCAACGUCCUGGAACAUUUGCUUAAAAGGGUUGUUCAAAAGUGCUCAAUUUGGUAAGGCACGCUACAUGUUUGAUAGAAUGCCUGUUAGAGAUGUUGUUAGUUGGAACACCAUGAUUUCGGGUUAUGCUUCAUGUGGGUUUUCUAGUCAUGCAUUGGAGCUUUUUGUUGAAAUGCAAGGUACUGGUGUGAGACCGAGUGGGUUUACUUUUUCGAUUUUAACAUCGCUUGUGUCGAGUGCUUGUCAUGCUAAGCAGGUUCAUGGUAGGAUGAUUAGAAGUGGGAUGGAUUUGUUUAAUGUGGUGCUUGGAAAUUCGUUGAUAACUAUGUAUGGGAAGUUUGGUCUUGUUGAUUAUUGUUUUGCCGUGAUUUUGACUAUGAAGCAGCUUGAUGUUAUAUCUUGGAACUCUCUGAUAUGGGCCUGUCAUAAAGCUGGGCGUCAAGAGCUUGCUCUAGAGCAGUUCUGUUCAACGAGAGCUGCGGAGUUGUUAGCUGAUGAGUUUUCGUGUUCAACAUUGAUGAGUGUUUGUACAUACUUGCGAGAUUUGGAAAAGGGUAAGGAGGUUUUUGCCUUUUGUUUCAAGGUGGGAUUUGUUUAUAAUAGCAUUGUGUCAAGUGCUGCUAUUGAUCUCUUUUCCAAAUGCAACAGAUUGGAGGACGCUGUGCGGCUAUUUAAAGAACAAGAACAAUGGGAUUCAGCUCUAUGCAAUUCCAUGAUUUCAUGUUAUGCUAGACACGAUUUGGGGGAAGAUGCUAUGCGGCUCUUUGUGCUGACCUUGAGAAAGAAUAUCAGACCAACGGAAUACACGGUUAGCUGUCUUCUGAAUUCUGUUUCCAUUUUCUUGCCAGUAGAAGUGGGUAAUCAAAUCCAUGCUUUGAUUCCUAAAUUGGGUUUCGAGUCAGAUGCAGUUGUUGCCAAUUCACUUGUUGAUAUGUAUGGUAAAUUUGGAUUUAUUGAUGAAGCCUUGAAUAUAUUCAACAAAAUAAAAACAAAAGAUUUGGUGUCAUGGAACACUAUAAUGAUGGGACUGUCUUACAAUGGCAAAGUGUCUGCGACCAUGGAACUCUUCAAGGAAUUGAUAAGAGUUGGAAUGCCACCUGAUCGAAUAACAUUUGCUGCUGUUCUACUAGCAUGCAACAAUGGGAGCUUGGUUGAUGAAGGAAUUGAAAUAUUUUCCCUAAUGGAGAUGGAAUUUGGAGUAAAAGCAGAGGAAGAACAUUAUUCAUAUAUCGUGGAGAUGUUAUGUAGAGCUGGUAAGCUUGAAGAAGCCAUCAUAAUUGUGGAAAAUAUGCCGUAUAGACCUACCCCUGACAUUUGGAGGUCAAUUCUUUCUGCUUGUGCAAUGUAUGCAGACUUGCAAGCUAUUGAAAUAGUUGCGACGAAAAUAAUGGAGAGGUCGCCACAGACAACCUUACCUUACUUGGUGUUGGCUCAUAUAUAUCAGAUGAGUGACAGAUGGGAGAGCACGGUUCGAGUGAGGAAGGCUAUGGAAAAUAGAGGUACUAAAGAGUUGAUCGGAUGCAGUUGGGUAGGAAUAAGAAACCAUGUAUAUACUUUUGAAUCAGAUCAAUUACAGCAUUACGGUGGCAAAGAUAUUUAUCUGCUACUGAAUUUACUGGUCUGGGAGAUCGAGACUGAAUAUAAUGAUGUCUAAAAAUUGUAUAGCAGUUGGUAGGAAUAUGAAUAUUGAAUUGAAGUGGGUUACAACUUACAAACUCUGAUUGUAUAUUUAAACAUGUUAGACACUACAUAUCAAUAUUUUUACCGGUCAGUAAAAAAAAAUCAAUAUUUUUAUCAGUUGAAAUUUAAA